AUGUAUCUCCUGGUUUAUGUUGAUGACAUCAUUCUCAUCCGUUCCUCUGACGCUGCUGCUGAUCGCCUUGUGACUGCUCUCGGUGAUAACUUUGCUGUCAAGGAUUUAGGUGCACUGCAUUUCUUCCUUGGUCUGGAGGUUUCCCGCUCUUCUGCUGGGCUGACUCUUACUCAGAAAAAGUACUCCCUGGACUUGUUGCGGCGUGCUGGAAUGCUUCAGUGCAAACAUGCUGUCACUCCGAUGUCUGCCACUGAUUGGUUGUCUGCCCUUGAUGGAGACUCUCUCUCGUCUGAUGAUGCUACUGAGUAUCGCAGUCUUGUUGGUGGUCUGCAAUACCUUACUAUUACCAGGCCUGAUAUCUCUUAUGCAGUCAACCGUGUGUGUCAAUUUCAUGCCCCCAGGACAUCUCAUUGGUCAGCUGUGAAGCGUAUUUUGCGCUAUGUCUGUCUUACUGCCUCCUAUGGUUUGCUUCUUCAGCCUGCACCGUCGUGUGAGCUCUCAGCUUUCUCUGAUGCAGACUGGGCUGGUAGUCCUGAUGACAGGCGAUCCACGGGGGGAUAUGCGGUAUUCCUUGGUUCUAAAUUGAUCGCCUGGAAUGCUCGUAAGCAGGCCACAGUCUCUCGCAGUAGUACUGAAGCUGAGUACAAAGUUGUUGCUGAUGCAACUGCUGAGAUCAUAUGGGUACAGUCUCUUGAGAGAGUUGCGUGUCUCUCCGGCUCAGCCUCCAGUUUUGUGGUGUGA